AUGUCUUAUUCUUCAAUACUGCAAUUACUCUACCCGCAACAAGCGUUACCUCAUAGCGGAUCACGCGAACAUCUUUCUUCCAGCAGUGCAGACGACUUGUCAAAAUCCCAAGAUGGCCCGGCAGUUGUCCAACAAUCUCACGAGCAGUAUGGCCAUGAUGAUGCUGAAGUGGAGGAGAUUCUCUCCCACCGCGCUCAGCACGCCGCCACUCCUAUAUUUGUGCAGUCUUCUGGUCAUCCAGCAGGAUCCAACUCCGUCCUCUUCCCAGACUCACGACACAUGCGAGCUCACGAUAGCCCUGGCUCCUCGGUAAACGCUGAUGUUUCCUCCUCGACGUGGCAGGCUUCCUCGUCGUUUUCCACCAACAGCGGUUCCAAUUUGAACCGGGGCUUUUCCAACCAUACUUCCCUAACAUCCAACACCUCCGUCGACUUGAACGCACUCCAAGACCUCAAAAACCACAGUAUUCACUCCUCACGUCUUAACAGCGGGUGCAGCAUGCCUUCUCCUCGGAUCCGGCACACCAAGAUACUGGGCUCCCCGCGCAGUUCAUCGCGGAUGAACACCCUUAGCGCCUCCAGUUUCUCUUCGGUUGGAAGUAUCAUCAACACCGGCCUCAGCACCCAUCGCAGCUUUGGCUAUCAACUUGCUGGAGCCUAUGAGCGCACAUCGGGAAGGAUUGUCACCAGCAGCUUGAACAAUCUUGCUCCGACAUUACAUCCUUCCACCUCAGACAACGAGCGGGAAUUUCUGACCAGUGAUUCCGACAACUACAAUGACGAGCCGGCCGAUAUUCAAAUUGGUCGUCGUAUCAUAUCUCAACGUCCUGCCCCUGUUUCUCGUCGCAAAGUUCCUCUAGCCGAGAUAAUUGGCAGACCACUCGAUACCUCACCCUCGUUGUCUUCUUUGCAAUCACAUCUCGACACCUUUCGCGAGACCAAUGAACUCAAUCCUUCGCCUUCUAUUGCUAGUAUCGCAAGUGCAUUCACUGGAUGUCCCGUUGCUCCCAGGAAUCAGCCUGCAUUCCCUGUCAAAUCCCAAUCCACCAACGAAAAAAGCAAGGCGCAAACAGCUCAGGCUGAAAACGACACCGCUGAAGAAUCCAGCUUUUCUGUUACCAACACAUCCUCUUCCUUGAAUACGCUGCGUAGCCAGAUGAGCAAUACCAUGCAUUCUUGCAACAGUCCCUCGUCUGACUCGGCUACAAAAGACAUGAGCAAAUCUCUCCCGAGCCCUCGUGACACUCGCCACCAAGACAUAAUUGUGGAAGUGGAUGAAGAUGCCGACAAUUCUUAUGAAUUCUUAGAGCGAGAAGAAGCACAAGGGCUUGCGUUCGAAACACCCAAUCGAAAACGUAAAAGACUCUUACAUCGCAGCGAUUUGAUUCAUUUCCGCAGACCUGGUCUCGCGGCCAUCGACCUAGCGGCCAGCAAACUGGUCGAUUUACAUCCAGGCCAAUCCCAGCCCAAGCCCAAAACUAAGGUGAUGCAGAAGCUUGGCUUGUCUCGGGGUCAUCACAAGCGGCACCCAGCAGAGCACGCCCGAAGCCUCACGGAUGUCGAAGACAACGAAGAAUCGCCGACCAAGAAGAUUCGAGUUCUUCAGAGCGAAAUUAAUCGACUUCGCCAGGAACUUGAAAACGAGAAGACGAAAUCCGCCCAAAGAAACUCGAUGUAUAUGUCACUCGAUCGAGCCGAUAGGCGUGCUAGCCAAUCCAUUGAAAGUCCCCAUGUGACCUUCUCCCCGCGCUCCCCAUUGUUUGUCUCAUCACCAGUGUCUUCGUCUCGCGCUUCAUCUCGCCCCUGCCAGCUGCUCAGCCCGUCCCGAGGUCUACCAAACAGCAAACGCAACAGUGGCAUGACCGACUCACCAGUGGUGGUCAAAAGACCAUGCGAUGGUGCCACUGUUGGAGGGUCUCCCUUCAUCGUGUCUCGCGUAUUUGGCCAGGGUCCUGACGUCGUCGGCGAGUCCACGCCAGCUCAAGCGGAGAAGUGGCUUCAGAAGAAGAAAGCUACUUCUGGAACACAGGGUGGUAUGCGACGCGACUUGUUCGGAGCCAAGUCCUCCAAAGCUGCUCAAAGCUCAUCUGGAUCUGCUGCCGGGCGUCCAACAAGUGCCAACUCUAACGCCAGCUCAGGUUGGAAUCGCGAUCAGGAACUAGAAGCUGAUUUAUUCAGUUCUCCCAGGGCAAAAACCUUGAAGAAGCUCAAUCGGAACUCUAAGAACGGACUGAGCGCGAUGCAGCCACGUUCAAACAUUCGCAACAUGUUUAGGAAUUCAAUCAACGACUUUCAUCGACACGGCGGACCAAGCAGCAGCAGUAGACCUUCUACAGCUGGUGCUCAGCCACCGGACAUGGCUACCUUUUUGAACGAAUUGAAGGCUUCUGGCCGAAGUAAGCUUCGAAAGACCCCUGGAAGUGCCAAGUACUACAACAUGCACCGCUCUAUUGGCAGCCCAAAAUCUAAUCCCCGUAAGUAUCUUGACCCCAUGGCGAGACGAAGCGUAGAUUGUCAUAAUGCCAACCUCUUAAGUUCAGUGCUCCAGAACUACCCUCCUAAUUCACAGCGCCAUCCAAAACCUCUUGAUGGCUCCAGCUCUUCUCGAGGAACCGCAUCUAGUGCCAACACACACGACGCCGACAGCCCGAACACCCCCACUGCCUCGAAACAUCAAUCACAAACAUCGCAGCAAUGUAGAUCUCCUCUGUCGCGCAAGGUUUACCCUAGUGGGAACCCAACAAAGUCGCAUGAGACUGCGCACAGUGACGUUCAUGUGGUAUUGGGGGAGGCCAUCAGCACUCCCAGAAAGAGCAAACGGGCCGGUCACUUGUCUCGCAGCUUGGUUGACCCUCACAUGACGCCUCGAGCCAGGGCCUUUGUCAAUGUGAUCCAGCCCACCUCCCCGAUCGAAAGAGAAUUCACUAUGGAUGAACUGAUUCAGCAAGUCAAGGAGCUCAAAGAUCACCAAACGAUUGCAGAUGAAGAAGCGGGCGGUCCGCCCGUAUCACGAGCAGACAACAAACUCCGAAAUCAUGACUUGGUCCACGAGAUGGGUUUCUGCUCGAGCAACGAAAACAGUCUCGAGAUCGGCAGUUUCUCCCAAGCAUUCCUGAGUGGUGGGUCCAAUCCAUCUACUGCAUUCGUGAGCCCAGUUACGAACUCUCGUACCGCCUCCCAGGAAUCAAAUCGCCCACGAAGCAGUCCGAUGUUGAAAAGCUUGACCCCCGGCCGACCGAAGCCGAAGACGUCGCCCACCAAGGGCUCGAACAACCGAUGGUCAAGCCAGAGCACCAUCAGGCUCGUCUCGAUUCUUAACCACUCGAUCGACGGGGGGAAUGCUCUCGGUGAGAGCAGCAGCGCGAACCCAGCAGCGAGCGUGCGCGCGAAGCCCAACGAACGAAGAGUGCGAAUCCUGGAGGGCCACACCAAUCUCAACAAGUCCCGAUCGUCGACGGAGGCCGACAGUCGUCGACACAGCAUGCCUGUCCAUCUGGCCAACCCCACCUCCCUGGCCACCUUCUCCGAAGACGAAAACGAGCAGCCGGAAGACUCCCGCGAUCAGCAGCCGCCCCGGUUCAAGGUCGCCCAGCCCUGGGUUGUCCUGAAGCCCGAUGCCGACCGUCUGGCGAACGCCGAACCUAACGUCAGACGAUGGAGCCUAAGAACCUCCGCUAUCAUCAGCGCCCAUCCCAAAAUCGUCUGA